GUGGGGUGGGAGGGGGCAGCAGGCGGGGCCUGCCACGUCACUUGGAGAGUGUGUUAAGGAGGAAGGGCAGAGCUGAGAGCUGAGCCUGCUGCUGCUGUUGCUGCUGCUGCUGUUGCUGCUGCUUGCUGUUGCUGCUGCUGCUGGGGCUGCUGCGGGUGCGGGCAAGGAUUGAUGCGGUGGGGAGGUGGGUCUCUGCGCUCCGGCGCCCGGGCAGGCCCAGGGCGGUUCCGAGGCCUGUAGAACAGCUCCUGGGAAGAAGGUGGCGGCUGCAAUCGCGACCUUGGCCAGACCUAGUUCGUGGUGGACGUAGGGCGGAGGCGGAGGCCGAGCCCGGGCAGGAGUCUUUGGCGAGCCAGAGGGAGGCGCAUCUGGCGCUUCGGUACCAGCGGCAGCCUUGUGAGUCUUGUGAGGCUGGAGAAGCGCAGCAGGACCUGGUGAGAGCUAGCAAGUCUGGAGGGCGGACCUGUGGGUCCCGAGCCCAGUUUUAGGCACCACCGAGAGCUAAGCCAAGCGUCUUUUCGGGCAGCCAGUUUCACGCGCGCGACAGUUUGCGGGUUCCAGGCAUCUCAGAAAUCUUGAGCACGGAGGCGCGGCUACUGAGAGCCAGAGCCACAUCCCAGACCUAGCCUGGCAGAGAGACCAGCUGCAGGGUUCACCGACCUAACCGCCAGGUCAGAGCACGGGCCCCACCCUAAAGGAGGGCGCAGCCGGAGCUGGGAAGCCGGUGCCGCGCUCCGGAGCUCGUGUCGUGGGCGCCGUCCUAGUGGCGGGGAGCGCACCGCCGAGGUGACAUGAGAUCGGAGAAAUCCCUGACGCUGGCGGCGCCGGGGGAGGUCCGUGGGCCGGAGGGGGAGCAACAGGAUGCGGGUGAGUUCCAGGAGGCCGAGGGCGGCGGCGGCUGCUGUAGUAGUGAGAGGCUGGUGAUCAACAUCUCUGGGCUGCGCUACGAGACGCAGCUGCGCACCUUGUCGCUGUUCCCUGACACGCUGCUAGGAGACCCUGGCCGCAGAGUCCGCUUCUUUGACCCCUUGAGGAAUGAGUACUUCUUUGACCGCAACCGACCCAGCUUCGACGCUAUCCUUUAUUACUACCAGUCGGGGGGUCGCCUGCGCAGGCCGGUUAACGUGCCCCUUGACAUCUUUAUGGAAGAGAUUCGCUUCUAUCAGUUGGGAGAUGAAGCCCUGGCGGCCUUCCGGGAGGAUGAGGGUUGCCUGCCCGAAGGUGGUGAGGAUGAGAAGCCACUCCCCUCCCAGCCUUUCCAGCGACAGGUCUGGCUCCUCUUUGAGUAUCCGGAGAGUUCUGGGCCCGCCCGAGGCAUUGCCAUCGUCUCAGUGUUGGUCAUCCUCAUCUCCAUUGUCAUCUUUUGCCUGGAGACCUUGCCUCAGUUCCGUGCAGAUGGGCGCGGUGGAAGCAACGAGGGGAGUGGGACCCGCAUGUCCCCGGCCUCCAGGGGGAGCCACGAGGAGGAAGAUGAAGACGAGGAUUCCUAUGCAUUUCCUGGUAGCAUUCCCUCUGGGGGGUUGGGGACCGGAGGAACUUCUUCAUUUAGUACUCUCGGGGGUUCCUUCUUCACAGACCCCUUCUUCCUGGUGGAAACUCUGUGUAUCGUCUGGUUCACCUUUGAGCUCCUGGUGCGCUUCUCUGCCUGUCCCAGCAAGGCGGCCUUCUUUCGCAAUAUCAUGAACAUCAUUGACUUGGUGGCCAUCUUCCCCUACUUUAUCACCCUGGGCACCGAGCUAGUGCAACGUCACGAGCAGCAGCCUGUGAGUGGUGGCAGUGGUCAGAAUGGGCAGCAGGCCAUGUCCCUAGCCAUCCUCAGGGUGAUCCGCCUGGUCCGGGUGUUUCGGAUCUUCAAGCUCUCCCGCCACUCCAAGGGGUUGCAGAUCCUGGGUAAGACCUUGCAAGCAUCCAUGCGGGAGCUCGGGCUACUCAUCUUCUUCCUCUUCAUUGGAGUCAUCCUCUUCUCCAGCGCUGUCUACUUCGCAGAGGCAGAUGACGUUGACUCGCUCUUCCCUAGCAUCCCAGAUGCCUUUUGGUGGGCUGUGGUUACAAUGACCACAGUAGGUUAUGGGGACAUGUACCCCAUGACGGUGGGAGGCAAGAUUGUGGGCUCACUGUGUGCCAUUGCUGGGGUCCUCACCAUUGCAUUACCGGUACCGGUCAUUGUCUCCAAUUUCAACUACUUCUACCACCGAGAGACGGAGCAGGAGGAACAAGGCCAGUAUACCCACGUCACUUGUGGGCAGCCUACACCGGACCUGAAGGCAACGGACAAUGGGCUUGGCAAACCUGACUUUGCGGAGGCUUCACGGGAACGGCGGUCCAGCUACCUUCCAACUCCACAUCGAGCUUAUGCAGAGAAAAGGAUGCUCACCGAGGUUUGAUGGAUGCGGGCAGGCCUGCAGGAAAACAGGAGCUCUGAGCAAGUCAUCUCUCAGGCUUCCUUCUCAUGCUCACUACUCCCGCCUUAGCUCCAGAGGACCUCGAACCCCCGCCCCGCCCCCUCCCGUACACAGUACACGGCAUCCUGGACCAAAUAUCUGGACUAUAGACUGUUGCUCGCUCCUCGCAGCAUUCGAGGUUUCUCCAUCUUAGUGACAUUUUUGGAAAUUUCAACGGUGCCACCCAAUCAUGCCCAUCAGUCACGUGAAUGAGAUGCACAUUUCUGACUGACCUUCCCUCAAGACUGAGUUCUCAUGCCUGGGUCUUGUAAUAUCUCUAGGAAUGGUGACACCAAUAGAAUAGGAAGCAGCUACACUCAGGUCCCUUCUUUAGAGUCCUUUGCUUUGGGUCAUGCGCCUUCCUUAGCUUCUGGUCACGUGGUCACUGGCAGACUCUGGACUAUGGAAGAUUUCAGCUUGCCGUUUUGGUGCUCUCUCCAGCUUCUGGCUGGUAGAGCUAUUAGCUGCCCGGCUUUGAAAGUUAUCCACAGCUAAAUUUGGAUGGAAUUAGAGAAAAUACUACCCAACUGGAUUAUUUGAAGGACACGAGGGUCAGUUCUAGAUCAAUGGGGGCCAGUGGACCUCUCAGUUGUGAUCUGUCACAGGAGACCACAGCAGGGGGGUCUACAGUAGACCUCACCACCCAGAUUCCCUGACUCCCUUGAGCUUCCAAGAAGGCACCUUCUCAGAGCCAAGUUCUUUUUGUGUGCAAGCGCCUUGGUGUGAGGAGGAACUGGAAAACAGAACCACGGAGACAGGAGAAAAGCCUGACCAGAGCCGAAGGACUGGCUGGACCACACAUCUGAAGCGAGGUGCCCCUUAGCAGAGACUGUCAACUUAGAACAGGCAGAGGGACCCUGCUGCAGUCAGCAGCCAAUUCUCCGAGAUUAGCCCAGAUCUCUCUAAGGUAUCCUCUUCCCUUCUCCCUGGGAACCUGACCUAGGAUUGCAGAUUGUUUUUAUAAAGCAAACCUCAGCUCUAACCUACAGACAGGUGAGUUCACACAUCGAAUGCCAGCAGAGCUUUUCUCUUAUGCUGCGGCAACAGCCUUUGGUUGGGAGCCAGGAAAGGGCACGGCUAUGUUGUUGGCAGCCUCUGUUCUGCUGAGUCAAGCAAACGUUGGUCUGCUCUGCUCUUCCUUUGGAGCUGCAUUCGGCCUGCUCUAACUGCUAAGGUAACUCGGUGGUUCCCACUUGGACCAAGCCAUCUUCUACCAUUGUGAAAUCACUGCCACCCUCCCAGCUGCCCACUGCCCCCUCCCUCCCAUAACAUUGCCAUUUAGUUUUGCCUUUGAUAAACUGUGACACACUGUUCUCAGUUCUCAUGGGUACAGUUCUGAAACUCAAAGGACUGUUAACAUGUUUUUAAUUUUAUAUUGAUGCUUUAAAGUUCUUCAAAGAGAAUGCUUUUUCAAAAGAUUUUCCUGAAGAGCAACUUAGUAAGGAGAGUGACAUUGAUUACUGGCUUGAGAGGCCACUGUGGCUCCAGGGAGUGACAGAUCACAGUCUGAGUUUUGCCACAGCUUUACAGGGUAACUCUGGUGUCACGGUCCCUCAUUGUGCCUCAGUUUCUUCCACCCGUUAAAUGAGAACAUUAAAGUCUUCCCCUCCCUACCUCAUGGGGGAAUUAUCAAUAAACUCACCCAGGAAGGUGGGGAAGAUGCUAUGCAAGUGUAUGAAUUAUAGUAAUGGCUUUGAGUUUUCGUUCAUUAUACUGCCUGCCUAUCUCUCAAAGGCAAGGCCUUUCCCCCAGAAAUUUCCACUGUGGAUCCAAAGCCUAAGACUAGGUCAUUGUAGACCAACAGCUUUCUAAGUCUCUCCUUGGUAUUUUGGGCUUGGGUCUUCAUCCUUUCUUUCACCCUUCAGAAUGGACUAUAUUCUUGUGGUAGACUUGGUGGCCAGAAGUCAUUUCCUUGGAGGCUUGACUUCUCCAAGCCUGCAGCAGAGUAAAAGACUGAGAUGUUUAAGACUCCGGAGAUCUAUUCCAAGGCCAGUAAGAAAGUAUUUUGUUUCCAGUGAUUUUAGUUGUUAGGAGCCCACCCCAGUGACCAAAGGGAGGCCCCCAGCUGAGGAUGGAUGAGGGGAUAUGUGUGCAUGGAUCUCUCUCUCUCUGUGUAUAUAUUGUCACCCUCAUCACUAUCCCUGUCUUUAUGCAAACAUUGCCUUUUCAAGUCAGAACAUGCCUGAAAGUAAAAGGUUUGUGGAGAGCCAGGCUCUCCAGGGACUCUGGUUGCUGUAGCAACCUUCCAGACUGUUCUCUCUACUGAUUUGGGUAUCAAGGGGGAACAGACUACAUAUCCCAGCUUCUCAUAUGGGAACACCUCCAAUCUAUCGAUUUAGGCAUUGGCAGAACUAAAGCAAGGACUCAGGACCUUUGACAACGUGGGGGAAGUAGAUUCUCAACACUUCCUGCCUAGACAUUUCUUCCUGGCUCUUUAUCUGGUCACUGAAGCUGCCACAUCUUACCCCGAUUCUUCAGAAACUUGAAUGCUUAGAAACUGCCCAACUCUGCCAACACCAAUGUCAGGUUUUCAAAAGGAGACCUCAGAGAGGGGUACAAAAGGUCCUCUCCGUAGCAGUCAGACUGGGCCUUGAGGACACAGAGGACACCAGUCUGGGGUGUCAUGGUAUUCUCAUCUCAGAUGCAGGCUCUUCCCAGCUCUAAGAGAGAUCGAGAAGAAUGGAACUCCUCCCUCCCAGGGAGCAGCAUUGCUCCUGACGAAAAUUAUGGAAGCGAUUCUUAAGAUGUCAGACAGAAACUGAGAGGCCGUGACUCAAUCUAGCUUUUGUGAAGAGUUUUGUCCAGUGAGCUCUCCCUGCUUCUGAGCCUCCCUGUGGAUGACGUAACCUUGGCAUCCAGAGAGAACGUGUACCACCGUGUGCUGCCUCAGCAGCUGGAAUAGCAUCACAGCUGCCUGAGAAGGUGGGGUUCAAGCCAUCUCAAUGACUGACUUAAGCCAGUGGGGGCUCCCAGAGGACGCCCUAGGACUGCCAGUUUCUGCUUGGGAUGAGGACAUUCCUCCUGCCUAGCAUCCUAGAGGAGCAAGGAACAGCUGGCCUUCCUUGCCUCUGAGGUAGGUCUCCCAACAGAGGUGUUUCAUCCCUGAUUCCUGAAAGGGUGGGGGAGGGGGAAUGGGCUCAAUGUCUGGGGAAAGCCCGGUUUUGGUGUCCAUCUUUCCUGCUGCAUGGCUCUGUCUGCCUUCAUCUGAUCUGUCCUCUCCUUUCCCACUCUCUCUCUCUCUCUCUCUCUCUCUCUCUCUCUCUCUCUCUCUCCUGCUUUUUCUUCAUCUCUUCCCUGCAGUCUUCCUUUCCUUCCCACUUUGUCUUUUUCCUUCCCUGAUUCUCUUCUGCCACCCCCCCCCCUUAAGCAGCAUCUUCCUUUCAUGAGUGUUUCUAUCUCCUUUCUCCCCCUCCCCACACUUUUUGGCUUUGGGGAGCCUCUUCAGCGUUGCUGUGAGGACCGUACCUUGGACUACAGGAUAGCUGUGACCUGGGAUUAUGCCAAGAAGGUUCCCUGUUCCCUUGUGUACCAUUUCCCUUGCACAGUCUCUGUUCCUGGAGGGACUGCACUUACACAAUCAGAGGAGAUUCUAUUCGGUUACUAAAAUGUUUUCUGGAAAUUUCUUGAGCAUGAAAAUGCUUGGACAAAAGAAGAAAGGUGGCAAGAGAAAAGAAUGUGGUGAAAGACAGACAGACAGACAGACAGACAGACAGACAGACAGAUGGGGAAUUUGAAUCUCGGAUACUCAGCCAUUUAGCCCUGGAGUAUGUCCAUCUCAGGGUCCUUCAACCUUAGGAGCUUUGUAGAGAGGUUGACAUCAAAGAAAUUGUAAAAAUAGUAAAAGAGAGAAAAUUAGAAUAGCCCGGAGGAAGCCUUAACUUGAGGCAGGUCCCAUAACUCCUCUGCACUCACGUGAAGGCUUCCUCAGCCUCCAGCUGGUCCCUUGUUGCUCAAGGCAGAGCAGGAAGAAAAGACACCAUUCCUGGUGGGGUAAAGUAAAGGGGAUGCUUCUUGGUGUGGGAGGCUAGGAUUCAGGUUAGUCUAUAGGCACAGUGAGUGGACUGUCCCUGCCCCAGAGCAUAGGGUGAAGUCCUCUCUACAUCAAGACAUCGUGGUGGCCAUCAGGACAUACCAGGGUCAACAUAGGCUGUUAAACCAGCACUAGAGAACUUUCAAGGGUGACGUAACUGUUCUAAAACAGAUGUAUUGAUAAUCAUAUGAUUCAGGUGAGGGAGAUAGGACUCUAAUAGCUCAAGUCCUUUUCUGGGACAAAGGUCUGGUUUUAUAAAUCAAAAGGAUAGACCGUGAAUGCUAUCUGAAUCAGAGUGACAGUUCUUUUUCUUCUGCUACAUGGGCAUACUUCAGAUCUAUCCUGUAGCUGUUCCUUGCAGCUGUCACAAAAUACCAAGAAGUGGUGUGUGUGUGUGUGUGUGUGUGUGUGUGUGUGUGUGUAUCGUGUCCAUGUGUCCAUAUGUAUGUGUGUGUUUAUUUGUGUGUAUGGUGUCUGUGAGGGCUCUGUGAAGUAUAUGUAUGUAUGUCUGUGGUGUGAUGUGGGUGACAGGAUGUAUGUGAUGUGUGUGGCAUGUGCGUAUUUGUUGUCUGCAGUAUGUGGUAUAUGUAAUGUGUGUGUUGUCUAGUAUGUGUGGUGUGUGAGGUAGGUAUCUUUGUGAUUGUAGUGUCUCUUUGGGGUGUGUGCAUGUGUGUCUGUGGUGUAUGAUGUAUAUAUGUUGUGUGUGUUGUAUAUAUGUGUGUGUGGUAUGUGUCUAUGGUGUCUUUGGGGGCUGUAUGUAUGUGUGUUGGUGGUGUGUGUGUUAUGUGUAUCUGUGUUGUGUGUGUGAUAUAUAUAUAUAUGGGUGUGUGUAUGUGUGUGUGUGGUUUCUGUGUGGGUGGGGGUGUGUCUGUAGGGGCAUGGAUACAGGGGUAUGGUGUAUGUGUGUGUUUUUGUGUGUAUGUGGUGUAAGUGUGUGAGGUGUCUGUGAGGUAUGUGUGUAUGUGUGGUAUGUGUAUGUUUGUGGUGUGUACUUGGCAUGUGUGGGAUGUGUGUAUGUGGGUCUGUUGUGGUGUUUUAUUUUGACUGUAAGUUUUCAUGAGAUGUACAUGCUUAGUGUUUCUCUGAAGACCCACCAGGCCAUUCUUUGGUGAGCAGGCACUGUAUGCGUCAUAGUACACAGGAGUAGGGUCAAGGACUUGCUCAAGGACUUCAUAUUUCCUUUCUGAACAAAGCAACCCUAUAAUGCUCCCCAAGCCACCAAAUCCUUGCAUCUGUAAGCAUCCAGAUCUAAAUGUAGUUAUUCUUCACCCUCUUCCUCUCUUCCCUGACGUCAUCGUUAACCCUUUUUAGCUCUGUGUGAUGGGAGCUGGCAGUCCCUUAGGCUUUGACUAAACUAAGGUAGUCAGAGUUAAUCAUAGCUUUCAUAUUGUCUACAAGAGCUCGUCCUGGUGUCCCUUUGGAAUCCUGAUGCCCACAGGGCCUUGUCCUUCUCCCUCUGGUCUUUCCCCUCCACAUGACACCUCUCAUUCUCCGCUAGUCUUUUGCACUCACUUCUCUGAGGCAGGCUUUGCUGGCGGCACUAUUUCUCUCACCUUGCAUCUCUCUCUAAAUGCCAAGAAAGGUUCCAUUCCCAGGAGAUGCCAUGCUCCCUGAACUGUCUGGCUGCAACUGCUGCCUUAGCUCUGAUUGGUCUUGACUGCGUGUUAUUGCCUGAGGAAGGAAAGUGUGUUCUCCUUCUGAUGUGUCAUGGUCGCUUACGGGAGGAAGAGGAAUUCAUGCGUUCAGCUGUAGGAGUCACUGCCCGAGUCCCUUUUAGACUCCUCUGCUCAGACACCUCAUGGCAGAAUGAGGCCUGGAGCCCAGGGCUUUGGAGGGAGGACACAUAUUGCCAGACACAGGCCACUGGGAUGUGGACAGAUGGGCGCCUGCUUCUCAUGCUGUUACUUUCCUGCUCUGGGCUCGAGGGCCUCAUGGGAUUGGAGACUGUGAUGUUUUCGUGUUUCUUCACUCUGAACUGGAGAGAGUGGUUCCUCUGGCCUCUCUGCUCCCUCUUUGUCCUCAUGCCCUUGUUUACAAAGCUCCUACAGAGGGGGUAGAGCCGCCAUUUACAGGUUAUGGUGGGUUAUUCCUACACGAUACUGACUCAUUCACAGUAUAAAGGGGAAAGAGACCCACUAGUCAGAAACUCGAUGUUAAUGAUGGUCUAACCUUGACCUCUUUGGGGCCUACCCUGCUCAGGUUUAUGACUUUUUUUUAAAAAUAACUCCAAUUCCAUCACUGAUAGUAUAGAGAGAAUUUCCCUGAGUCAAAGCCACAGACCCAUGUGUUCAAUUGUAAGAUGUGCUUUCCUCAGCCCCCCUAGCUUUGUCCAAUGCAGACGCCUGCCCUUAGAAACCAUCCUGGAACCUUAGGGCCGUCUGCUGCUGGCUGUAGAGUGCAUUCAGACCUGGGCCCUUUGGUGAAGGCAACGCUGACAUUUCGAAAGGAAAUUGCAGCCACUCAGUCUGCCGGUUGUGGCUGCUAUUUUUGACAUGCUUGCUGUUCUCUGGGGCUUAACCACCGCUGUCUCCUGGAGACAGCCAGGUCUCGGCAGCAGAGCCGUGCUCUGAGAGAGCACACAGUAUGACUGGCGUGCAGCUGUAAGCAUCUGCAGAGAUCUGGCUGAGCUCUUGUACCCUUGCCCGAGAAAGCUGAAGGUGCUCUGGGUCCUCCCAAGGGACAGGAAUCCCGUCAGUUCUUGUCAUUUAGAAUCUUCUGGAAACUGGCUGGGGCUCUUUGGUGGGCUUUAGAACAGUGAUUCUUAACCUUCCCAACGCUGCGACCUUUUAACACAAUUCCUCAGGUUAUGGUGACCCCCUCCCCCCAAAUCAUUUCUGUUACUACUUUAUUACCGUAGUUUUGCUACUGUUAUAAAUUGUAAUGUAAAUAUCUGUGUUUUCUGGUGGUCUUAGGUGACCUCUGUGAAAGGGUCCUUUGAGUACCCCAAAAGGGGGUCACCAUCCACAGGUUGAGAAUCACUGGUUUAGAACAAAGUGGUAAUGAGCCAGGGGUUCAGGUUUAAAUCCCUCCCUGCUGUGCGACGCCAGGAAGUAUGAAGCUGUCCCACAACUCAGUUUCCAUUCCCGUUUCAUGGGGAGUAGUAAAAUCGAUCUGAUAGGGCUAUUCUUAGGACUGAAUGAAUUAAUACAUGAAAAGUGUUUAAAAGAUCAGUCUCUAUUUAAAGAUUGAAUAUUUGGGGUCUGGAGGGAUAGUUCGGCAGUUAAGAGUAGUACUGGUUGUUCUUCCAACAGACCUAGGUUUAAUUCCUAGAGCCCACAUAGUGAUUCACAGCUCUUACUCCAGUUCUGGUGGAUCCAACAUCCUUUUCUGGUUUCUGCAGGCACUAAAGAUGCACAUGGACAUACAUGCAGGCGACUCACCCUAUAUGCAUAAAAUAACUAAAAAAUUAAACAUCAAUAAUUUUGAUGAUACUUUUAGAUAAUGAAACAAGAUAGGUAGAUAGGCAGGCAGGCAGGCAGGCAGGCAAGCAGUUGAAUUGUCCUCUUUGGUAGCAAGAGAAACUGAGGCGAGAGGGGUUAUGACCCAUGCAAAGGCUCAUACAUGCCUGUGAGUCACUGCCAAUGUUAUAGGGCAGAAGGUGUGCCCGGGCGUUUCUGGUGCUGAGUGAGAAAAGCACGGUUGUGUUUCCUGACUGCAUAGGUUUUGAUUUGCCCACCAGUGUGUCUCCAAUAAGAAAGCUGCAGGUGUUAGUGCUUUUUCUUCAGCUCGGAAAGCCCAUGAGCUCUGUCUACGUAUCUGCGUCUUCUUAUGCGUCUCCACCUCGGUCUACAUCUGUAUCCUUGUGCACCUGCUUCUUCAUCUCUCUGUGUCUGUCUGCAUCUGCACCCGUGUCUCCAUCGGUUUCUGUCUAUCUGAGCACGGGCAUGUGCAUCUAUGCCUGCAUGUGUUACUGCAUUCUCUGCCUGUGUCCCUCUGCAUCUGGAUCUGCACCCGUGUCUUCAUCUCUGCAUCGGCGACCGCACCUCUGCGUCCAUCUGCAUGUACAUCUGCACACACAUCUUCACCUCUGUCUGCAUUUCCUGCUGCACUCUGCCCGCACCUGCACCUCCAUUUGUCUCUGCAUCUGCAUCUGUGUCUGUCUGCACUGGCUGCACCUCUGUCUGUAUGAAUCUGUGUCUAUACGCACCUGCAUCUGAAUCUCUGUCUGCAUUUGCUACUGCACGUCUAUCUGUCUGCAUCAGAUAUUGUAUCUCUGGCUAUAUCCGUCUGCAUUGGUAUCUGCACGUGCAUCUGCUCACUUCCUUCUCUGUCUGCGUCUGUAUUGGCACCUGCAUCUGUGUCUCUGCCUGCAUCUGCUUCUGUAUCUAAACAUGCGCUUGGAUCUCCGUCUGUGUCUUUAUCUACAUCUGGAACUGCACCUGCGUCUGUGUCUGCAUCUACACCCACAGCUGCGCCUGCACCUGUGUGGUCAGUGUCUCCAUCUACUACAUCUGCCUCUGUCUACAUGCCCACAUCUCCCUGUUCACUCACCUUAGAUAUGGAACGUCUUCCUUUUGAGCCCCUUGUUACUAUGAUCACAAGUCCACCCAUCUGCACCACACAUUUGUUCCCCAGCCACCCUCAGGCUCCCUGACCAUACUCUGCUCUGCUGUUUGGCAGUCUUUAGCAUCCAUCUCUAAGACACGCUCCGGCGUCUCUGCCUUCCUUUAAGGUGGAGCACACAGGGGCUGGCAGCUGCAGCUGCAACAAGCUGGCUUCCAUUUGCCUGCUCCGUUUGGGAGCUUUAGCUCUCCUUGGAGGUCACACACAGCCUAGGAUGUUCUGCCUACUGCCAACUCGUUCCCUCCAUCCCUGCACCUUCUCAUGAGGGAUCCAGCCUAGAGCAAGGGUGUGCGUACACCUGUCCUUCUGUUUUCGCAUUAAGAGCUGCAUGGGUCGUUUGCCUUCCAAGUUGAACCCGAGUCUGCACCUCUUUUAAUUUCACCAAGCUUCUGUUUGACAGCUGCAAAACAAGGGAGCUAAUACCAGUAGCUCCUCAAGGUAGCAAGAUGAGGCCCAGACACCGCCACCUCUAACUAGUUGAGGGGCCCUCAGUGACAUCGAGUGAGAGGCUGAAUUGGGGGUGCAGGCAGGCCACCGGCAUCCUCAAAGAAAGACAGCAUCCCUGCUGACUACAACCAUUUCAAUGGACUCGGAUAUGUAUAUACGCAUAUACGCAUAUAUGUAAACACAUAUAUGUAUAUAUUCUGGAUAGCUCUUGGUUGUACCAGAAGGCUGUUUGCCUAGAGGAAUCACAGCAGAAUUUCUUAAAAUAAUUUUCCCUAGGAUGUGAUCUCAUAUACAGAAAUGUGUGGAUGUAUCUUGGAAGACUGGGGUGGGUAAAAUAGCCUUUCUAAAAAGCAAGUUUGUUUCUAACUAAACCCAGACUAAGGCCUCUUCCUUUCCCUUCCCGAGCUGCACAAGGAACAGUUCCAAAGGUUUGCAGAUUGAUGGGGUGUGAGAGCUGAAAGGGGGUGGUAAGCAUCUCAAGUAAGAAAGAGGAACCGGACACAGAGAGUCUAAAGGGUUAAGUUCAACACUGCAAGACCCUGGGGCAGGGCUGAUUGCAGGACUCCUGUUUGUUUAUCUGAUCCCAGCAUUUUUCCAAUGGAAACCGAAGGACUACGUGAACUUAGACAGAAGUGAAUAAACUGUUCCUUCCCACCCAGCCAUACUGUUUGGCAGAGUGGCCCAUGGGAACACAGUGGUGUGAUUUUGAAUCUUAUCUUUCCUUUCUGCAUCCCUGGCAAGUUUGGCUUGGGAACCAGCAUCUGACAGUUGCUUUCUGUGCUCGACGGGUUAGAUAGUGUUGCCCUGGGAAGACCACCCUUAUUCAGCACUGAGCAGGGAGGCUGAGAGUUGGCUUCAGCAGCCCCACCUUGGGCUUCCACUCUUCCCUGUUGAGAGUUUUUUUAAUCUUUAAGGUUAGUGUUUUCUGUUUAAUCUAGUGACUAGAGUGAAGGAAAUUGUCAGAGAUGGGGGAUCUGGAAAAUAGAGCUUUUUUUUUUUUUUUCGGAGCUGGGGGCCGAACCCAGGGCCUUGCGCUUGCUAGGCAAGCGCUCUACCACUGAGCUAAAUUCCAAACCCCGAAAAUGAGAGCUUUUAAGAGAAGCCACUUUGGGGGAUGAAGGAAGGAAUGGAAAACACGAGCAUCUUAUCCAGGACUGUGAGCGAUUAUCUGCUGAAGCCCUGGGAGGCAGAAACCAGCGUUUAGUUGCUUCCCUGUGCUCUUUGCUCUGAACUCGGGGAAGAAGGAGGGGGGUGUUCUUGUUGAGUUACAGAUGUCCUUCAUAAAUCACAGGAUCAUUGUGGGGUGGGGGGAAAACAAAGCUUCCAGAAGCCAUGGUGGCUGAACUAUAAAUCAGAGCGGCUCUGAGCUGCUUUAAGGUAAUUUGGCUUUACUUUUUUCUUUACUGUAAAGAAAAAAGUCUGGAAACCCAGAGAAGAUAGUUUGUGUUGGCCACCGAAGCCUGCUGUCUGUGCUUCAUGACAGAGUCUGUUUACCUACGAGCCCACCUUUGUGGACCAGUAGGAGACCAGCACAUUGCCCUGAAUGCGGUGUCUGUUAAAUUUAUCCACUCACGCAUUCAUUUACUUCCCCCACACGUAUCCUUCUGGUACUUGAUGUUAGGGGACUGCAGACGUUCCAAAGAGCCACUGUGGGGUGUCUACUCCUUAUGAGUGCUCCUACUGUGUGGCCUUUUCUUUAUGGUCCAGCUGCGACAUAACUUCAAGAAAUGGCACUUUACACACAGGUCUGGAGUUUUGGUGUCUUUCUUUUGAAAGACAAGACGUCUGACUUCGUAGGUCCAGUGUUCAGCUUACUAGCUACCUGGGAGGAGCUGCGACUUCAAUGACGUCUUCAAAGUUUUCACUACUUCCCAGUGCUGUCCCGAGAGCAUUAGAUGCAAGCUGUAAGAGCUGGGUGUCCUGUGAGCGUCCAGUCCCAGCACUUGGGGAGCAGAGGCAGGAGGGUCAGGGACAAAGGCAUCCUCAUAUGAAUUUAAGUUCAGCCUUCACUAUGAAAGACCCGGUCUCAAAAACUAAAGCAAACAAAACAAAACAAAACAAAACAAAACAACAACAACACAGAUGAACAAAACCCCAGGGGCUGUCUGGGGAGGUGGCCCAAUUGGUGAAAUGUCUGUUACUGAAGUACGAGAAUCUGAAUUCAGUCCUCAGCAUCCACAUUAGAAAAUACCUAAUGCAGGAGUGGAUGCUGUAAUCCCAGAGCUAGGGGCAGAGACAAGAGCAUCCCCAGGGCUUGUAGGCACACUGUCCUGGGCGAAUUAAAGAGCUCCAGGCUCAUGGAGAGACCCUGUCUCAAAAACUGAAGUGAAGAGUGACUGAGAAAGAUACUUGGCACUGACAUCUGGUCUGUACACACACACACACACACACACACACACACACACACACACAGAGUCUCUCACACACACAUACACUCACAUACACAUGCACACAUACACACAUACACACAUAUACACGCACAAACACACACACACUCACACACAUACACACACAUACACAGAUUCACACACACAGACUCACACACACACAGACACACACACAGACACACACAUAUACACACAUACACAUGCACACAUACACACAUACACACAUACACACACAUACACACGCACACAUAUAUACAUAUACACAUACACACGUACACACACACAGACACACACAGACACUCACACACACAGACUCUCAUAUACACACAGACUCUCACACACACAUACACACACACACAUACACACACAUAUACCCACAUAUACACACACACACACAUACACACGCACACAUAUAUACAUAUACACAUACACACGUACACACACACACACACACACACACACACACACACACACACACACUCCAAAGCUAUAGGGCAGGUAAAAAACAAAAACCAAAACCAAAAAAAAAAAAAAAAACCAAGACAGUGCUUGGUCAUUUCAUCUUUGAGAGUUGCUUUCCAUUUGCAGGAAGUCAGGGUGUAAGAACCCACCAUUCCAUUCCCGCUGCUCAAGACAGACAUGGAUUAAGAACAGGGACUCAGAAGUGAGAGUGUGUAGAUUUCUGAGAUGAAGGUUGGCACUUGGUACCCACCUACACUGUUCUCUGUGUGACGUCAUGCUAACCCCUGGCUGCUCACUUGCCUCUCUGCCUAGGAUGUCUGCAGUUGCCUUUCACUAUGUCCUGUUUUUGAAUAUGAGAUGUCCCUAUAGGCCUUUAUAGUGCAUGCUUCGUCCUCGGCAGGUGGGGUGAACUUGAGGAGGUGGAGCUCAGGAAGGCUGGAGGAAGUAAGUCACUUGGGGGAUGUGUUUGAAAGUGUAUCUAUCUGUGCUGCUACAGUGUUCAGUGUUCUGUGCUACAAGGUAUAUCGCAGCCCCAGUCCCUUUUUUUCUGUUUGCUUCCUGUGCAUCACAAGGUAAAACCAUUUCUGGGCCAUCCAAUCCUUUCUAUCCAAGUGCAGGAGGCCAAGCACCCACAGUCUGAGGCUUCUGAAACUGUGAGCCGAAAUGAUUUUAUUCCUUCUUUGGACUAUUCUCACGAAUGUGACUAAUACAAGCUUUCUGGUGAACCCUCCUGGUUUGAAAUUUGUUGCUCAGACAUUAAAUGGCUGCAGGGUUGUAACUGUCCCAGCAUAAGCACCUCAAGAGGGAGGCAAAGGCUCUCCUCAUUUUCUUGCUUUAUCUAUAAUUUUACUAAAAUGAUUCAGGCCUGGAAUUGAAAAGGACAGUUGAGGCCAGAGUCAGUCAGCAUUAAAGCCUUAAAAUUCUGAGAGGAACUGACACAUCAAAGUCAUCUUUCCUCAGGGACAUCUUUUGUUCCUGAAAGUCAGGAAAAUAUCUACCUCCUGUAGAAGGGCAGAAGUUAGACCAGGCUGAUAUAAAAUAAAAUCCACCCUGAGCCAUCAUUCAGUAUGUAUGUGCCUCAGUUUCCCCAGUAGGUAUGUGUUGGCUAAUUUCUGUCAACCUGACAGAAGCUAGAGUCUGGGGAGAUGGAACCUCAACUGAGAAGUUGCCUCGUCAGAUUGGCCUGUAGGCAAGCCUUGAUUGACAGUUGAUGUGGGAGGGGCCAGUUCCCUAGGAGCAGUACCAUCCCUGGACAAGUGGUUGUAAGAAAGCAGGCUGACUGAGCCAUGAGAUCAAGCCUGUAAGCAGCACUCCUUCAUGCCUUGUGAUUCAGUUCCUGCCUUCAGGUUCCUACCUUCAGUUCCUGCCACAAUUCCCCUCAUAAUGGACUGUAAGCUGAAAUAAAUCCUUUCCUCCUCAAGUUGCUUUUGGUUGUGGUGUUUAUCACGGUAACAGAAAAUGGACUAGGACAACAUGUAUGUGUGUGUGUGUCUGUGUGUGUGUGUGUGUGUGUGAAAAGUUGUUGGUGUAGAAUAGAACUAUUUUCUUAUUGGAACUAAGUUUUACUGGAAGCGGGCCAUAAAAAAAUUUAAAAAUUUAAAAAUUGACCUAAAAACAUUCAGUCAUUAGAACUAGGAAGUAGAAGUGACUACCAUAUUCACAACCCUAAUACCUCCCUCCACUGCAACCAAAGGAAAUGCCAGCUGUAGCCAUACAGAUCCGAGAGUCUUUUCUCCCAGUGGAGAAACAAGGGGGCAUGUGUGCUUUAGAAUGGGGACUCAGAAUUCAGACUCCCAAGGUGACACCUUUGCAGAUGUGCAGCAUGCCGUUUCUCACCACCGGGGACAUGCUGGGUGAGAAUGCCAUCCUGACACAAAUGCCUUUGACAGUGAAGGCAGAGGAUGAAGUGUGCAUACCUUGGAACAAGUUAGGGCUGGACACUGCCAGCUGCAUUCUGUGAACUGUGUGAUGUUGGGAGAGUUAGGAGGAGUUUAGGAAGAGUUUUUCCUCUUCUGUGAAACUGAGUGACUGAUAGAAGUCUUAUGUAGAAUUAUGGGAGGUCUUGUUAACUGGUCAUGUCUGGCACACAGGAAGCUUGGCAUGCAGCAAACAUUCGUCGGUAACAUGUAGUUACUCUCUCUCUCUCUCUUAUUACUUCAUAUAUUUUCAUGCUUUCGUGCACAGUCAUCGAACACUUGGUUCUAACAUGAAUGCCUUAUGUGAGGCUUUAACAUCCUUUUAGAGAAAACUGCUUCCGUACUGAAAAAUGCCACAGACUCAGAUAAGUUCCUGAGGAAGAAUGUGAAUGACAAGCUGCUGAGGUCACACUUCCCAUAGGACUGGGGAUUAGCUGAGUGUAGACAGGUCACAUGAUCAGUGCACUCCGUACCUGACAUCUGGCUGCUCUUGCUGGGUAGAGUAACUGUGUUGAUUGAGGGCACAGGUAAGGUGCUUCCUGCUGCAACAGCAGGUUCAUGAAUGUGCCUUUAAUGAUGUGUGUGAGGUCAGCAUUCUUCGCCGGGAUUACAAGUCAGUGGAAACUAUGACUUGGUUCGCAGAUAAAGCAUCUGCUCUAUAUACAGCCGCCAGGACUGUCUUUAAUUUGCAAGUAAGUCAGCUGAGCUCAGUGACACAUAGAAAGACAAACUUACAUGAAACAGUCAGGAAGGAAGAGACUUUGAGUCAUGCACAAGGCACAAGCCAACAAUCACAGGUACUCAAGAGUCUGAAGUAGAAAGAUCAAAAGUUCAAGGCCCGCCUGGGUUACAGAAUGAGUUUAAAGCCAAUCUGGGCUACAGAAUGAGUUUAAGGCCAGCCAGGGCUCUUUAGAGGCCCCGUGCCAAAAGUAUCAUGAGGGUUGGGGUUGUAGCUCAUUUUUAAACCACUCAAACCUCAUGAAGGAGGUUUUAGGCUCAAUACAGGUGCUGCGGGACAGCAAGAAUGGGGAGAGACUGAGGAAGAGGGAGAAUGGAUGGGAAGGGGGGAAGAGAGAAGGGGAGGGGAGACUGUGAAUGUCAAAGUCUUAGGGUCCUCCGCUCCACUCUACAGUUUUCUAAUGGUGCCAUGCAUCUUCUGAAGACUCACGGGAGAAUAGACUCAAGUGCUAGCUCCUUGGUGUAGUUCUUGUCUGAAAUUCCUGGUCUUUGCUGUUUCCCCCAUGUCCCAGUCACACCCCACCUGCCGUACCUUAAAUUUCUUUUCUCCUGUUUGGUCCUUUCCUUAGACGGAUGCUCAGCCAAUCAAGUGAGCCAGAGCAGCUCAUCUCAGAGUUACCUGGCUGUGCAGAACGUGCCAUCCUACAUGGCAUCCCAUGUGAAUAGCACCUCCAGGCACUGGCUUCCGAGACAGUGCCUCGGGGAGGCACACAUUGCAUGUAAACACAAGUGACAUGCCCUGAGAAGCCCUGUAGCAAUUAAACACUUCUUAAUUCUUUUAUCUGGUGUUUUGCCAAGUCAGUUUGUACUGCAGUGUCCCCACCCUCCUUUUGUCUUGGAGGAAAUUGUAUUCGCAACUCGUGGAAAAGUAUACCCCAAGCAGCCUAUCGAGAAACUUAUGGAGAAUGGAAGGCCCUUUGCUCUAUUGCCUUUGGGCCACGGGAACACUAACCAUAAGUUUUCACAUGGUCCACUUUUUAGCUGCUGGUCAGUCCUCUUAAAGGUGUCUGCUACAGUUUGCCUUCCAUGCUAAGGCAAAAGGAGAGAGGACCAGCUACUCUUGCCUGUUGGUGCUGUGGUAAUUGCUCCUUUUCUGAAUUCCCCGAACCUUGAAAGAGUUUCUGAUAUUUAGUUACUCUGAUCCUUAAAUCCAGAAAUAGUCAGGUCAGAUGGGAAUCAAAUGUCAUCUUGGAUCUCCCCACUGUGUUACCUUCAGGAAGUCACUUGCUGUUCAUCUAGAAAGUACUGGCCAUGGACAUGAGCCUUAUCCUCUGGCCUGUGGUCUUGACCUGUGAUGUGAAAUGGUCGGAGUCGAUGACUGGGUUCCUGCUUGAAAAUUCUGUGGAUGCUCGAGCACCUUCACUGGAGGCACAGCUGCCUCUUUGCACACCCAGUAGGGCAUGGUUGCUAAGCAGUUGUCACUGGAGAAAAAGAGAUGAGCUUGCUGCAAUCACAACUUCACAGAGUGCGAUUUGUAUUCCACAGCUUAUAUACCCUAUGCCAGCUUCUUAUUUUAUAGACAAAGAGCAUAGAACAUACCAUUGAAAAAUAUGUUGAGCAGGUUAUACGAGACAGUUUGAAGAGAGACGUGCUCCAUCCCUCCAUCCCACCCCUUCUUCCCAUCCACUCCCUCAUCUCUUCUUUAUUUCCUUUUUGCUUCUCUCAGAAGAGGUCUAUCUUAGCUAUUAAGUCUUUCCAGACCAUUCUUUCUAUUUCGAUGCUGCAAAAUAAACACUCAUUGCUUUUUGGCUGUGUCACACACCUUGGCAUUGUGAUUGGAAAAAUGUUGGGCAUGGAAAGGCUUUUCUAUAUUAAGGAGAAGCAGGGGAUGCAAACCAGCCAGAUGCUAAGCAGCAUCUUGGCUUUUGGAAAGGAGCCCACAGCAGGGGUUGGGGAGAGAGAUCGGUACAAUGCACUGGUAUCCUUAAAGUCAGAACUUGUUCUCUAUUCAUAGAAGAGUACUCCACAGGCAUUGUGUUGUGUGGCAUGCAGUGGCUCUAGGGUAGAACCCAGCUUCGCUUAGGAAGCUUCAGGUUGGACCCCGUUCUACCCUGUCCUGCCAUUCUUUGAUAUUCAUUCAUCAUUCUUGGCUCCUGUUGCCCUUUCAGCUUGCAAGGGUAGGACCUCGCAGUGUAGAAAACUUGGGUGGGUGACCUAAUUUCAUUUCUGGUGCUAAGUUAAAAUACCCCAACAAAAGCAACGUAGGGGAGAAAAGUGUUAUUUUAGCUCAUGAUUCCAUGUUAUAGUCCAUUAUUGCAGGGAAAUCAAGGCAGCAACUACUUAAGACAGCUGGUCGCAUCCUUGCCCAGCCAAGGGCAGAGAGAAAUGAAUGGAAGCAUGCCUACUGCUCAGCUAGCCUUUUCCUCCCUUAUACUCUUCAGGAUUCCCUUGCCUAGGGAAUGGUGUUGCCCACAAUGGGCUGAGUCUUUCUACAUCAAUUAACCAUCAAGACGUUCUCCCAUAGACGUAUCUAUUGGCUAACCUCAUCCAGAUAAUUCCUUAUUAAGACCCUCUUCCAAGGUAGUUUCAGAGUGUGUCGAGUUGACAAUUAAGAGUAACCAGCACAGUAGGCUUCUAAAUUGCUGCUUUACUUGGAUCGUGUUGCCAAACCAAACAUUUUGAAUUUUGACUCUAUUCAUUACAAGAAGCAAUCCAAUCCAAACAGUAAAUAGCUCCAGAGUCCCACAACCAAGACACUGAGGUAGACACGGAGAUUUUCAUCUAGCCCAGCCACCCCUGCAUUUGUUUCACUGCAGCAGUCAUAUAUCAUAUCAUUUAAAAGGCAUCUUAAUCCAGAUAUGGUGGGUACAACACCUGCAAUCUCAGCACCUAGCAGGUAGAGGCAGGAGGAUCAGGAGUUCAAAGUCAUCUUUGACUACAUCGUGAACUCAGGACUAGCCUGGGCAAAUCGAGACACAUCAUAAAAAAUAAGGAAAUUUAGAAAAAGAAAAAUUAUUUUAUCAAAAAAAAAUACACUAGAGGGGCUGGAGAGAUGUCCCAGCAGUUAAAAGCACUUGCUCUUCCAGAGGACCCAUGUUUGGUUUCCAGUACCCAGACUGGGCCACUCACAAGCAUCUGUAACUCCGGGUCCAGGGAAUCUGAGACCUUUACCCUCUGCAGGCACCCGCAUGCAUGUGCACAUACCCACACGUGGACUGAUACACCCACCCAUAAUUAAAUACUUUUAAAAAUAUCUUUAAAAUUACAGUACAAAUUAAAUAAAAACAACUCAUCCUGUGGAAGCUCUCGGUGACAGUGGGACAAACAUGCUGAGUCAGGACACUCAGUAUGGAUAUUUUCUCCCACAUAAGACUCUCUCCUUAGGCUCUCCGGGGUCAAGUAUUUGGGCAGAUGAAGUCAUUUUCUAGGCCCCGGCUUUCCCCAUCUGGAAUAAGCAAACACGUGCUGUGUUCCUUGUGUACCCCAUCUUAUCUGCCCAGUUGCCCACCAUUCACCCAUUUCAUACUGGGAAGAAAGGUGGUGGGACUUUGACCUAGAUAGUCAGCCACUGUAGUCCCUCGUUCAAGUACUAAGCUAAUGUCACCCCUGCGAGUUGGAAGAACUGAACUGAACAGCCUCAGGGAUGCCUGGCAGGACCACAUCCGUGUUUCUCAGGAACACAGUUGUCAAUAGGAGUUCGUAGGCUUUUAUCUCUUUUCCAUCUUUCCAUUGUGGUAUUUGAUGAUGAUGAUGAUGAUGGUGGUGGUGGUGGUGGUGGUGAUGGUGAUGAUGGUGGUGGUGGUGGUGUUGAUGAUGGUGGUGGUGGUGGUGGUGGUGAUGAUGGUGGUGGUGGUGGUGGUGAUGAUGGUGGUGGUGGUGAUGGUGAUGAUGGUGGUGGUGGUGUGUGUGUGUGUGUGUGUGUGUGUGUGUGUGUACCUGUGUGUUUACAUACUCCAGUGAAUGAAGCAGAGCAUCAGGGAAAGUGUGACACAAGCAUCCUCAAACAAGCUAUUGACAGAAUGCUAGAACUACUUGGGAAAUUGAGGCAGACAGACACCAAACGAGGGCUUAGAGGUGCUCUUGGAUCGGCUACCACAGCUCAUUCGCACUCCCUUCUGUCGGAAUCUUCCCUCAUUCUUUGCCUGGGCGGUCUGUCGCUCUGUUCGAGGAGGAGGAGCAGGAGUAACUCUGCCCCCAGAGCACACAGCUGUAGGUGGCACUGGAGGGUAUGGUUUUCCACCCAGCAGGCGAGGUUCUGAAGACCUUCCCUGAGAUACAGCUCCCCUGCUCCUAUUACCCGCUGAAUGUGUUCUCUUGGGAUCAAAGAGGCACAGAUGCCAACACCCACGGACACUCAGGCACCCCUACACCGUUCUUUAAAUGUAGAUCAUACUUGUUAGUAUUUUUCAGAGAACAAUGACAAGAAAAAGUCUCUGACGACUCUGUUCUGAGGAAUCAUACCCCUAAGUGUCUGCGAUGGGAAUUUGGGUGAGUCAACAGAUGGAAGUCACGGGGGACAGAGCAGCUCUGGGAGAGGUCUGAGGUGCUGCCAGCUAGAUACACGUGCCUGCCUCACAUCAAGACACUGGUAGAUUGGGAAGGCCCCAGAAAAUGGCUCUCCACCCUCACUGAGCACCAGGCUCUCCCUUUCUGCCCUUUUGCUGUCUACCAAGCUGGACUUACAUAAUUGACCCAGAGUGGUGUCUAGGUACGGGAUUUAAAAAACUUUUCAGGAGACGGGUAUGAGACUCUAGAAUCUACCAACAGCUAGAGAAAUUUCGGUGGUGACAACGUCACACCUUUACAUUGAAUGGUGCUUCUUGUGUAAUUUUUUUUUUAAUGGCGGGCUACCAUAACAAUCUAUGAGAACCAGCAGGGCAGGCAACAUCAUGAUUGUCCUGGAAGAGGCAGACCCAGUUGCCCAAGAUGACACAGCAUUACCUUUCAUUAGCAGCACCCUGCCAGACGCCAUUCAUCCAUCCACUUGUCUGUUCAGGGUGUGUAGUUAUUGGGAGUGAUGAAGCUUAAACCCAGGGCCCCAUGACAUGCUCUUGAGCUACAGCCGGAGCCCUUGUGAAAGGGGUCGUCUCCUACCCCUCAGAGUAGUCCACAGUGAGACAACCGUAGCCUCCGUCACUGCCUCUUCUGCCUCUGCCCCCACCCCUGGUCCUCACACAGCCUCCCUGUGGGCCAGCAUCUGCGCCACCUCCCGCAUGCUCUCCUACAGCACAGUUAGCGAACGGCACUGAUGGGCAGCCUGGCAGCCCACAUCAUGUUAACUCCAGUGCUCUGACAACAGUCUCAGACUCCCAGCUCUCAGGUGAAGCCCCUUUCCCUGCUGAUACGCUAGAAAUUCCAUCACCUCGACAGUUCCAGGGGAGUCCCAUCUACAAUGAAACAGCCCCGCCACUGUGUCCUGUCUUCCCCCAUCACGAGCUUGGAUCCACCUUGAGAGUGUCCCUCAUCCCUGUGUCCACUACCCACCUCUCCAGAAGCCCCAUAGAUCAUCCCAGUCCUUCAUGUGAGGCUACUGUGUACAGUUGGAGUCACUGGAACCGGGAGUUCCCCGUUUGAGGUGAAUCCCACCAGGGAUACCCAGAAGCCAUGCUCACCCCCCCACACCUCCACCCCCAGCUGGGCACCAAUUAUGGGUUCCACCUCUCUCCCCCCGACUCCAACCAAGGGCUAUCUUCCUCUCUUUUUUCUCCUCCAAACCUCUUUUCCCUUGGCCAGACUAGGCAGUGUCCUGGAGAAGCUCCCAGCUGCUGCAGGCUUCUGCUUGGGGCUCCUGCAGCAGAUCCUGGGAUGCUCAGGAGGAGGGCGGAGGUGGAGUUUGCUCUUUGGCAAUGCAGGUGGGCCUUGCAGUACCUCUGCUGCACAGGGCAGAGGACCAAGACUGCGGCGACCAUCCCCUCCCUGUACCUGUGAAACGCAGCUUUGUUCCCAAGCAGAAGCCACUGUCAGCAGAUUCCUGCACCGGGGCUUGCGCACUGUGGGUUGGCACAGAGGACAGUGGUGUCCUCAGUGACUUCUGAUCCCCAGUUCCAGCUUUCAGGAAAAGCUCACUCGGUUAGCAGUGCCGCCCUGACUCUUGUGUCUCUCCUCUUACACAACAGUCCCCUGUGUAGCUGUGACUUCUGCUGGGUAGGAAGAUUUGGAGAGAGGGGAGAGGAGGAGGGAAAAAGGCUAACUCUCCUUUCCUGAGCGAAGGAAGAGGCAGACAGGCAGGCAGAGUGGUUCCUGAAGAUGCCUGAGGGACAGAAAAGCUGGCUUGGUAACUCUUUACCUAUCAGAGUGACCCGGAGACCUUCAUAGCAAGCCCCUCCUAGCCCAUCACCCACAAGGGUGAGCCCCGGGCAGGCAGGCUGGCACUUCUGGACUCACCCCAAUAGUGGUUCUGUUAUUAAUGAGCUUGAGUCAGUCUGUGCCUCUUUCUAAGACCAUUAGUGGCUAUCGAAGGUCCAGGCUGGUCAGUCUGUGGGAGAGAUAGAUUUCAUCCAUGCCACAGGUGCCUGGAGGGAUCUGAUCCAUACUCUCUGCUUUACUUUGGUAUACAGUUGAGAAAAAGAAUUGAGGAGCUGAGAGAUGGCUUAAGUGUACCAAGCCUCCACGGCUGCCUACGGACAGCUGAUACGUAACAGAGGUGGGUCUUGGAGUCCAAAUGGCUCAUUCACACAUUCUCUUGACUAAGAGGUAAUGCACCAGCUUAGACUUCGAAGAAAUGACCCUACCUAGGUGCUGUGUGAGGCAUAGUGGAAAUUGCACAAGUCCCUGAAUCUGCUGGCUUAGUUCUGUCCUGGCCUCUCCCUUGGUGACAUUGGGACCUUGGGUGAUUUCCUAUGCCUUUUAAUCUCUUUUGAACUUAAAAAUGGGGGAACUAUAAGGCUCGGUGGUAGAUUGUGUGCUGGGUGAACCACUGGGUUCCAUUUCCAGCUUUACUACAUCUCUCCAAAAUAAAUAAAACAAGAGACCUUCUUCUUGCCGUAUUUCAUACUGAAGGGCGGGGUGUUCUGAUGCAGAUGAGUAGGGUUACCACAUAAUCUGGGCUCCGCAGUAGAAAGGCUUCUCAAUACAAUAUAGUACUCUCCAUCCCAAAGCUUCAUUCUGAAUCUGGUGUGGUUUUAAAAUGAUAAAAUGCUCCCACAGUGGCAGUUUGAAGUUGCUUGUGGUCACUCUGACCCCUGGGGCACUGCUAUGUCAGGGAGCUGUUGGCUGCUUCUGACAAUGGCUUUGUUCUCUCUCUCUCUCUCUCUCUCUCUCUCUCUCUCUCUCUCUCUCUCUCUCUCUCUCUCUCAUUGUGUGUGCAUAUGUGGAGGCCAGCAGACAACCCCAUGCCAUUCCUUUGGGAGGUUGUCCAUUUUGUUUUUUGAGAUAAGAUUUCUCAUUGGCCUGGAGCUUGCCAAGUAGUCUAGACAGCUAGGCCAGUGAGGCCAGCCAUCUCCUGUAUCUCGUCUCUGUUUUCUCAGGACUGGGAUUAUAAGCCCACAUCAUUAGGCUUGGCCUUAUUUUCCAAAUACGAGUUCUGAGGGUUGACUUCAGGUCUUCACACUCGCAAGUCACUUCACUGACUGAGCUCUCUUCUCAGCCUUGAAACCCUUUCUUUUUUUUUUUCUUCUUUUCUUUUUUUCAGAGCUGGGGACUGAGCCCAGGGCCUUGCGCUUGCUAGGCAAGUGCUCUACCACUGAGCUAAAUCCCCAACCCCUUGAAACCCUUUCAAAACAAACCAACAGGAGGACAUAAAAAAAAUCUCAUCUGUAAUGAUGACUCUGCAGGAAAGGCAGCUCCUAGACUGGGCAAUGUAUCUGUCAGCUUAUGCUGUGUAACUCAUACAUCCAAGCUAAAGGCUUUAAAACAGCAACUGUUGAUUUUCAGUUCCCUUUGGGAGUAAGACAGCAAUGAGAAAGGCUAGAGGUCUGUGGAUGUGGUAGCUGUGUGUGGCCAGCUUUGGAGAGAGGUGGUUGGGUGGUCCAGGGGUCAGGAGGUGAAUUUUACCACCAACACUGGUGAAAAUAGCAAGCAAUCUGACUGUGGGGGUGAUUUUGAGGUUGUUUACAAAUUUAUUGUGGAUGAUGUAUUCGUGGAUUGGCUGAGCUGGGGCCUCCUUUCUUGUCACACUCCCCUGGCACCAGCAGACGGGACUGUUACAGUAACCCAGGGAUACAGUUCCAGGCUUGCACUUGCCAGGGCCCAUGGAUGGAAAGGCCAUUGUGUGGGCUCUGCAGCCUGGAAUGGAAAAAAACCUUUGGGGUACUGCUCUGCUGAGUUGAAGACACUUUCUCCAAGAGUUCUCUAGAGUGGACAGCAUUCAUGAUAGUCUGAAAAAUAGGCAUGGGGCAUGCAGGGGGAGGGAGGGGAGCUUCUCAUCAUUUGACAGAAACCAUGGAUAUAUAGUCUUCACUUCAUUUCCUUGGGUCAAGCUAAAAUUCUCUUGGCCAGUACCAGAAGACCUUUCUCAGGGCUGUGCUGCUCGUGGUCACUCUGGAAAACCUGUGCAUCCAAAGACCUUUAACUUCUCUGGAGGAUGAGACCCCACGCCUCCUCACUGAAUAACUCAGCCUGGCAGCCCCUGGCGGCCUUCCGCAAGCACUGACUGGGAAGGAAAAGGCUGAGACGGGGGAUUCUGGAUGUUGCGGUGGGGCCAUAGGAAGGCGGGGAGAGCUGCUGGCCUGAUCGAAGGAGAAAGGGUGUUAGGAUGAUGUGGGAUCAUGUGUGCUGCAGAGCCGCCCAGGCAGGCACUCGCUGGCUGGGGAAGAGUAACUAAUAAAUAAAUGACAGUCUCAGA